CACCGCACACAACUCUAUCCAUAAAUCUGUGUUGGGAAGCGUGUUUCGACGGCAUUCAGAUCCGUGAUGUUUUAGGUUAUAACUAGUUAUUACUUGAAACAAACGGCGUAGUAUGCGCGAAAUCGUUUUGAAAAAUUUUUAUUAAUCAAUAAAAAGGACGGUACGACAGAGGGUCAGCGUACUGUAAUCUAAAACGAAUUCUUAACAAUGCUGCGGAGAUUUACGGCACUGGAAAAGCUACAGAAGCGAUGGGUGAGACUUCGGCGAGAGUGAUGGUGAAAAUUGACGAGACUGUGAAUAAACAAAUAGAAUCAGAUGAACUGCAUCCGAAACGACAUCCGGGAAUAAUAAAGUCAAAAGCCAUAGAAUUACCGAAAUGGGUCGAGAAAGCGAUGGUUGAAGCUGCUGCGGAUCACCCAAUGAAACCUUUGCGCCAAGCGGCUGGCGUCCUGGCUAAUUAUUUGAAUCAACGUCAUCCACCAAUGGAAAAACACGAUUUCAUUAAUAAAGUAACGGAAGUGCAAGAGUUAAUGACGAGAAAUAUCGAUCUAAGUAAACUAUCUACCAAAGAAAUAGAUGAGUUUUGGAGUCGAAAUCAGAAUAAAGUUAAAAUUAAAUUGAAACAGAAAGUUUACGCUUGGGCUCCUGUGGAAUACGAUGCUUACAAGAGUUUAUGUUACAUGCUGGCUCGUGGAGCUCAGGAAUAUUCAGUAUUACAUCGCAUAUUUAAGGAGAUACACCUGGCCGAUGAAGAAUUUCAGCCGAAAACAUUAUUUGACUUUGGAUCUGGAAUCGGCACAGUAACAUGGGUGGCGUCUCAAUUUUGGAUAAAAUCGUUGCAAGAAUAUUACUGCGUAGAUUCUUCAGGAGACAUGAAUCAAUUGGCUGAAUCCAUAAUAGCAAAUCAUCCAUCCAAGCUCAAGGAAGUUUACUUUCGGCAAUUUUUACCUUCGUCAAGUAAGAUAAAAUCAGACAUUGUCGUUUCGGCAUUUUCGUUAUUUGAACUGCCGAACGUGCAAGCCAGGCUCGAUGUAGUUUUAAAUCUUUGGAUGCGGACUAAUAAUUAUUUAGUCAUAGUAGAGCAGGGAACAAAUGCGGGAUUCAAGAUUGUGAACGAGGCCCGUGACUUUAUUUUGAAUAUGUCCAUCGAAUCCUUGGAGACUGACAAUCCAAAUCCGUUUCACGUCUUUGCACCAUGUCCCCAUGAUACGAUCUGCCCGAGAUAUAUCAUCGACACGACACCAUGUAACUUCGAAUCAUCUUAUUUUAACGCGCUGGUGGGAAAACAAACGGAAAUAAAAAAGGAACGUUUUUCGUAUGUCGUCCUGAAGAAAGGCGAGCGCCCUGCAGAUGAUCCACAGUGGCCUAGGAUUGUCAGACCAUGUUUGUUUCGUUCAAAGCAUAUCGUGUGUCGGAUGUGUACAGGGACAGGGAAACUUGAGGAGAUUGUCUUCACAGCCGCCAAGCACGGAAAACCGCUCUACAAAUGUGUCAAAAACAGCGAUUGGGGAGAUAAACUACCGCUUCAAAUCAUAAACCCAAAAGAACCGGACUCCAAUGAUUAAAUAUUAAAAUUAAAUUUUUGUAAAGCGA